GUCUCAAAUUCAACGACGUGACUUAUAAUUUUCCGAAAUGAGUGCGGAUAAAAGAAUUGCAACAGACGAGGAGGAGGAAGAGGAAGAGGAAGAGGAAAAGCCUAAAAACUUCCACGAGAUGGAAUUGGACGAUCGAAUACUCAAGGCAGUAGCAAAACUUGGUUGGCUUGAACCAACUUUAAUUCAGGAGAAGACGAUACCGCUUUUAUUGGAUGGGAAGGAUGUGUUGGUGAGAGCGAGAACUGGCUCUGGUAAAACUGCAGCAUUUGCAAUACCAAUAAUACAGAAGAUCUUGUCUGGUAAACAGACGCCGAUCAGACAGGAAAUUAAAGCGUUGAUCCUAGCGCCUAGUAAAGAACUUUGCAAACAAAUUCAUCAAGUGGUAUCCGAUUUGACGAUCAAGUGCUCAAGGGAAGUGAAAUCUGUUGACAUUAGUUCCCCGCUUGAACUUAAUGCACAAAAACCUUUACUCGCAGAAAAACCUGAUAUCGUCAUCGCCACGCCUGGCAGACUUUUGCAACAUCUCAAGGCUAAUAAUCUCAAUGUCAAGAAAACUAUGGAGACUCUUGUCAUUGAUGAAGCUGAUUUGGUGUUUUCAUUUGGAUACGAAGACGAUGUUAAAUCUGUACUAACUUACUUGCCUACCGUCUACCAAGCUGUUCUAGCUUCGGCCACACUCUCCGAGGAUGUACUGUCAUUAAAAAAAUUAGUUCUACAUAAUCCGGCAAUAUUAAAAUUAGAGGAGCCACCCUUAGCGCCACCCUCACAAUUGGCACAUUAUACUCUGGCUGCUGAAGAGAAUGAUAAAGCAGCUAUAUUGUAUGCUUUGCUGAAACUGCAUUUAGUCAGGGGAAAAACAAUCAUAUUUGUAAAUACAGUGGAUCGGUGUUACAAGUUGAAGUUAUUUUUGGAGCAAUUUGGGGUCCCUACGUGCGUUCUAAACUCUGAGUUGCCUGCCAGUGCAAGAUGCAGGGCAGUAACGUAUUUCAAUAGUGGGACUUAUGAUAUUAUUAUAGCCUCAGAUGAAAAGGCCUUAGAAGAGCCGCUUAUGGUCAAAGAUAAAAAAUCUAAACGCAGAAAAGACAACGAGUCCGGUGUAGCACGAGGAAUCGAUUUUCAGUUCGUGUCCAACGUGAUAAAUUUUGAUUUUCCAUUGGAUGUGACUUCUUAUAUUCAUAGAGCAGGACGAACAGCAAGAGGUAAAAAUCAGGGCACGGCGCUUAGCUUUGUAGCUCUGCGAGAACGAUCUUUGCUCGAUGAAGUCGACACGCAGUUGAAGGAAGGUUAUAACCGGGAAAAUAUAUUCAAAACUUAUCAGUUCAAACUAGAGGAAGUCGAAGGUUUCAGGUAUCGAGCAAAGGAUGCCUGGAAAGCGGUGACCAGAAUUGCAGUGCGCGAAGCUCGUCUAAAGGAAAUUAAGCAGGAAGUACUGAACUGUGAAAAAUUAAAGGGGUACUUUGAAGAAAAUCCAAAAGACCUAAAAUCCCUGCGGCAAGACAAGGCCCUGCACACUGUGAGGCAGCAGCCCCAUUUGAAAGAUGUUCCCGAGUACAUAGUGCCCCAGACUCUGAGGAGGAUAGCAGGAAUAGGAAAAAGGAAGCGAAAAUUUGACAGGGAUGCUGCAGCAACUGGGUCGAGCGCCAGCAAAUCAAAACACUUAGCCAGAGCUUCGAAUCCAUUGAUCAGUCUCAGCAUACCGCGAAAAAAGUGAA